GAAAUGUUACAACAAGAAGUAGAUCGAUAGAACAUUCACGACAAGGAGCCGGUUCCAAAACGGGAAUUAUAGCAGAAAAAAUACAGAUAUUAGUUACAGUUUCAAACAUUCGGUAUUGCGACCAUGUCGGAUCACUCCGAAGUAGAAGAAACCCAUCGCCGACCGUCAGUAAUAGAAGUAGAGGGAGCGAGGGACGAUGUCAUCGAUGAUGUCAUCGAUGACGGCACGGAAUCUCGUGCAUCGAUCACGUCAGUCCCUUCGCCAUCUAGUCAAGACGAACACGGAGAUUCUCGAACCACUGCCUCUUCCCAAACCCGUCUCGCGAACGACGCUGCCGAUUGCUCCAUCGCCCCUCCCAGAGACCACUCGUAUCUGGAAGAAUCUCAUCCUUUAUUACCGGAUGAAGAUCGCUAUUUAAGGAUGGCCAGCGGGAGAGCUCUGCAUAGAGAUUCUACGGGUCUCAAACCUACCGCAAAACGUACACUUGAAGUGGCCGUCCUCGAGUUGCACGGGGUGGUACUGUUUCCGGGAUGCACCAUUCCGGUCAAGCUGCAAAAUCGGUCCAUGAUUAGAUACCUCGGACGGCAGAUACGAUUGUGCAGGAAUGAUCCCGUUGCGCAGCCAGUUGUGCAGCUGGGUAUACUGCCCUACGAAUACCAGUCCCCGGAACAGACAUUGCCGCAACAACACAGGAGGCGCAGACGAACCAAUGAACCUCAAGAAGAACCACAAAGAGCGUCUCAACGGCGAGGAUCGUGGAUGCGGCGAGGAUUUUCCUUUGGGAAUCGUGAGAUUCGGGCAACCGAGUCCAGUCACGCCCUGCGGCGAAGCCUCACCCGUCUACAAGACGAAUUCCAGUUCGACGAGAACAUGGAUCUGGAGGACUCGGAACGAAGCUCGGGAGACGAUAGCGAUGGAGACGUUGGUUUUGACGAGAACAACGAUGAGCAUUCGUUGCCACGUCCGCCGUUGAGUCCAGAACAGUCGCACCCCCUGGUCGGGCGAAUCGGGACGAUUGCAACGGUUCGGCACACACAUGAACGAGCGUCAUCCGUGGGUGGACAUGGAGGGAGCGAUCCCAGUUAUGGGCAUUCCCAAUCCUCGUCCACUCUCUGGGGACGCUAUGAAGAAGCCCCCGAGCUCGUCUUUACCGCGGUGGGGACGAGCCGCUUUCGCAUCCUGUCGUGCCUCAACGACGACGAGAACCUUUUUGAGGUGGAGGACAUGCGCGACGAACCGUUGUUAUUGCCACCCGUUCCCUUUCGGCUUCUUCCCUUCCGGGGACAAUGCGUCCACUUUGGUAAGGUCGACGACAAUGACGAAAGCGACGAUGGCAACAACGACGACGAGCAUUUGGGAAAAGGCUCGAUCAAAACGGGCCGCAUCAGAACAAGUGAAUCGGAUGUUGUUGAAACCAGAUCGACACGGAUGCAGGCGCCAAUCGAACGCAUGGCCUGGAAUCUCUCUAGGCUCACACCGGUUCCGUACUUUGUAUAUCUCCAAUUGAUGCCUUGGAGCCUUGUUUGGAAAAUAGCUGAAGCGCUCCAGACGAACAAUGGACGGGGAAAUCUCCCCUCCCUCGGAGAUGACUCCGUCGUGACGAACCGAGAGAAUCUGGAACGUAAGUAGUUGGUUCCUCUCAGCUUGUUGCCACGAUCAUUUUGGUUUGUGAGUCUUUCGGUUUGAUCGAUCUUGAACCCUACGAGUAUCUAAUGGAUUUUGUCGUCUGCUUUCUGUUUUCGUUCGCUUGAAAUUUCAAACCAGCGACGAAGUUUUCCUACUGGAUGGCUAACAAUGCACCCUUCUCCGAAGCAGAACGGAAGAAACUAUUGAAAACAAGCUCCGUGCUAGAGCGUCUUCUCUUCAUCUGGAAGAAGGUCUGUAGAUGGACGGCGGAAAAUGCGGAAACCCGCAUCUGCUGCGAAUUGUGCGAGACAAACCUCACCGGCGUGUCGAAUAUCUUCACGGUGGGUGGCGCCGAGGGGACCACCUCGACCUACGUCAACGGCCACGGCUUUAUCCACCAGAUCACCACCCUCCGUAACGUGGACGAAAGCAAGCUCUCCUUCCAGGGCCUACCAAGCACAGAAAACAGCUACUUCCCGGGUUACAGCUGGCUGAUCACCUCGUGCUACAGGUGUGGAUCUAUUCUAGGAUGGAAGUUCCAGAAGGUGGGAAAUUCGGGGAUCGAUGCCAAUGGUGGUUACGAGAAUGGCAAUGGAAAUAUCGUCGACAGAGACACCCCCCAACGCCCUCCACAUUUUUAUGGCUUCAUGUCCUCGAACGUGAAAAUCAAAAGCAGGAGUCGAUAAUCUUUCUUCUACAUCUGGAUAUUGAAUCAAUCAUUAGGCCUCAUACUAGAGAACAUCAAGACUAAACAGGGGGGAAAAAUUAACAUGAGUUAGUCUCGAACUAGGUAUUAGAAUACAUUUCACAUAGCACU